CGGGGCGGGGAGGUGAGGCCAGGCCUGCCGGCUGUGUUCACAUUCAUUAACCGGGCCGGGCCCUGAGGCGCCGCCAUCGUCCCUUCCGCCCUAGCAACGGUCGCCCGGCAACCGCCGUAAUGGCGGCGGCGGGCGCGCUCGGGCCUGAAGGCGCCAACUCCAACCUCAUUGGAAGGCAAUAGCAUUAUGUAUGCUUCAAACAAGUACAGCAGCCGGGGCCCUACCCUUAUUCCCAGGAUGAAAACCAGGCAUCGCAUUUAUUACAUUGCACUUUUUUCAGUGGUGCUUCUUGGACUCAUCGCCACAGGAAUGUUUCAGUUCUGGCCAAAUACAAUAGAAACCACCAGUGACUGGACAGUUGAAAAGCGCAGCAUCCACAAUGUUCCUGAGGUCAAAUUAACUGACGACAGUGCUAUUCCCGAGCGUGGCGAUCUGAGCUGUCGAAUGCACACCUGCUUUGACGUUUACCGUUGUGGGUAUAAUCCCAAGAACAGGAUAAAAGUCUAUAUCUAUCCACUGAGAAAGUAUGUCGAUGAGUCUGGUACUGUGGUCAGCAACACUAUCUCCAAAGAAUAUAAUGAGCUAUUGACUGCUAUUUCGGAGAGUGACUUCUACACAGAUGAUCUGAAUAGAGCGUGUUUGUUUGUCCCAUCGAUUGACGUGCUGAAUCAGAACAGCCUCCGGAUAAAGGAAACCGCUCAGGCCUUGGCCCAACUAUCCAGAUGGGAUCGAGGGACAAAUCACUUGCUGUUUAACAUGCUUCCCGGAGGUCCACCUGAUUACAACACCGCACUGGAUGUUCCGCGUGGCAGAGCGCUCCUUGCAGGUGGGGGAUUUUCCACAUGGACGUAUCGACAAGGUUAUGACGUUAGUAUUCCAGUUUUUAGUCCAAUGUUGACAGAAGCCAAUCUACCCGAGAAGAUUCCAGGUUACCGGAUGUAUUUUAUCUUGUCGGCACAAACUGCUAUCCAUUCGGAAUACCGUUCUGAACUGGAGACAAUAGAGACAGAACACAAGGAUGCGCUGCUGAUCCUAGACAAAUGCACCAAUUUGUCAGAUGGUGUUUCUUCCACAUGGAAGCGAUGCCACAAAAAUCAGGUCUUCGACUAUCCACAGAUUCUGCAGGAAGCCACAUUUUGCAUCGUGCUGCGUGGAGCACGGCUUGGACAAGCUAUCCUGAGUGAUGUUCUUCAGGCAGGUUGCAUUCCAGUCAUUGUUGGCGAUUCUUACAUCCUCCCAUUCUCCGAAGUGCUGGACUGGAAAAGAGCUUCUGUCGUUAUACCAGAAGACAAACUUUCUGAAAUGUACAGUAUUUUGAAGACUAUUCCUCAGCAGCAGAUUGAAGACAUGCAAAAGCGGGCUCGGUGGUUCUGGGAAGCUUAUUUUAAAUCAAUGAAAGCCAUUGGACUCGCUACCUUGCAAAUCAUCAAUGACAGGAUCUAUCCUUACGCUGCCAGAUCAUAUGAGGAUUGGAAUGACCCAACGAUUGUGAAAAUGGUGAACGUGAACAAUCCUCUCUUCCUCCCACUCAUUCCACCUCGGUCGCAAGGCUUCACCGCUGUCGUUCUCACCUUUGACCGUGUUGAGAGUUUAUUCCGAGUGAUCACUGAGAUUUCCAAAGUGCCCAGUCUUUCCAAGCUGCUGGUUGUGUGGAACAAUCAGAAUAAGAGCCCUCCUGAAGAGUCGGUGUGGCCCAGGAUUGGAGUACCCCUCAAAGUUGUAAGGACCAAAGAAAACAAACUGAGUAAUAGAUUCUUCCCUUACGAUGAAAUUGAAACUGAAGCUGUUCUGGCGAUUGACGAUGAUAUCAUCAUGUUGACAUCAGAUGAGUUGCAGUUUGGCUACGAGGUGUGGCGUGAGUUUCCUGACAGGCUGGUGGGCUAUCCUGGUCGGCUUCAUUUAUGGGAUCACGAGACAAACAAAUGGAAAUACGAGUCGGAAUGGACAAACGAGGUAUCCAUGGUGUUAACUGGAGCUGCCUUCUACCACAAGUACUUUAAUUACUUGUACACAUACAAGAUGCCAGGAGAUAUUAAAAAUUGGGUGGAUGAACACAUGAAUUGUGAGGAUAUUGCCAUGAACUUCCUGGUUGCUAACAUGACUGGAAAGGCUCCUAUUAAGGUAACCCCACGUAAAAAGUUCAAGUGCCCGGAGUGCACGGCAAUUGAUGGACUGUCUCUGGACCAGACCCAUAUGGUGGAACGGUCAGAAUGCAUCAAUAAAUUUGCAUCGGUCUUUGGGAUCAUGCCACUGAAAGUGGUGGAGCACCGUGCCGACCCUGUCUUGUACAAGGAUGACUUCCCAGAGAAGUUGAAGAGUUUCCCCAACAUUGGCAGCUUAUAAAAUACUGAUGGUCAAAACCUCGGCCACUUCAGCUGCACCUUUGCCACACAUCGAGGUGUUUCAAUAAGAUUUGACUGCUGUAUGUUUUAACACCAGUUGAUCAGGAAUUCAAAGUCAUCUCCUGCUAUAAUGGAAACACAAGGAACUGCAGAUGCUGGUUUAUAAAAAGUGCUGGAGUAACCCAGCGAAUCUGGCAGCAUCUCUGAAGCACAUGGAGACGCAACAUCUCAGGUCAGAACCCUUCUUCAGUCUAAAGAACGGUGCUGACUUGAAACGUCACCUAUCCAUGUUCUCCCAGAUGCUGCCUGACCCGCUGAGUUACUCCAGCACUCUCUGUCUUUCUUUUCCUGCUUUAUGUUGUUUACAAACUUAAGAUAUGUAAAUGCAGGUCAACAAUUUGAUGUAUUUUUAAAAUGUUGGAUGUCAAAGAAUUGAUAAUAGUUUUACAUGGCAUAAAAGAUUCUGUUUUGUAAUUUUAAAUGUAUUGUAUAAUUUAAUGACUAGCAAAGAACAAAACUCAAGAUUCCUUGUAGUACAUUUCAAUUGUGCUUUUCUUCUUUCGUUACUACAACACUAUAUUGCUGGUUUAGGCAUUACCUGUACAAAGAUUUCAAACUGCUUUUUGUAGCACCAUGCACUGAAAAUAUAAUUGUUAAUUUUAUAACACUAGACCCUGUAUCAGUCCAUGAUUAGUUGUUCCCAUUGUAAUACUGCCAAUGAUGUUGUCACUCUAGGUCAAUGAUAUUCAACGUUAUAUCAGGAAGAGCCCCAUACAGUCUGUAUUUAAUAAUACACAAACAGUGGUGCAAUAAGGAGCUAAUCUUGUCAAGGGUGACAAGGACUGGAAUGGCUGGCAGUGGGGAUGGUGAUGUACUGAGCCAACAAGAGUGACUUCCCGCAGAGGCUGAGUUAUCCCAAUCUUGCCGGUUCCUAGGGGGUAUUGGUUGAACAGAGAGACGAGAGCAAAGUGUUCCAAAGAAGGGCACUCGAGUAAGCCUGGGUUCUUUCCUAAAUCACUAUUCGGAAAACCUUGAAGAUAGACACACAAAGCUGGCAGUAAUUGGGUCAGGCAGCAUCUCUGGAGAAAAGGAAUAGGUGACGUUUCAGGUCGAGACCCUUCUUCAGACUGAGAGUCAGGGAGAGGGAACCGAGAGAUAUAAAAAAAGUACAUAGAACAAAUGAAUGAAAGAUAUAAAACAAGACAUCAAAGCCAGCAACGAUGAUCAAGGAAGGGUGGAGACUUUGAUGGAAUAUCCAGGUGUUUAUUCUUUAAUUGAAGAGUAUGAUUGAUGCUUCCACCCCACUAAAACAAGCCUGAUAUCUUCCUUGUGUUUAUAUCAGUUGAUGAAUAAGAGCUGCUCGCACCUCCCAGUCAAAUUCUUGUGUGACUCAUUAACUUGAGGGGAAGACCAAAGUCAUGGGAAACAUUAAACACAAGUUUUAUUGAAUUAUAAGAUAGUAAAGUUACACCGAUAGAUAAUACCUGUACCAAAACCUUGGGAUUCUAUAUGCAAGGGUUAUAUAUGACUGCAACUGCAAAGGGUUAGGAACCUGCGUUCUGCAUCUCCCCAGCUACUGAUGUUGGUAAGAGGGUGGCCUUGGAGUGGGCCAUUCAACAGUUGCAUGACAUCACUGCUGAGGGAGGCUAGUGGUCCACACCAGAAUCUGAUGCAACAACUCAUGAUUUGUAUUUCAUUCCAACCCUUCAUCAAGUGUUCCAUGGAUUAAUUAGUCUGCUGUAAUUGUAUCUUUCUGAGAUAACGCAGACACCUAGCUGUUUUCAACUGCUGUAGCAUUUUGCACAUUUGUUAAAAUUGCUAUUUCCUUCCAAAUGGCUGCUUGUCGAACAACAGUCUGGUUAUAAUUUUUUUUAAUUGAUGCCAGUUAUAGAUAUCAUUGAUAGAAACCAAGAAUGUUCAUGAUUUGCAAAGCCAUUUAUACAGAAAUAGUUUCCAACAGCUGCCUGAUUCCAUUUUAACACUACACAAUCCAGCUAUUAAUUAUUUAAUCCCACUGAUUCCAACUGCCAUCGUUUCUAAACUCUGAUUCUGCUAUUAAGGCAUGGCUUUCACUGGUUACUGUGUCCCUUUAAGGCAGAACGUAUUCCUGUCAAAAGUUCGGAUAAUCACAGUAGUGAUGAAUUAAAAGCAAAUAGCAAUACUACUUGAACUUGGAACAUUUGAUAUUUUUCACACUGGCUGUGUGAAUGUUAUUCCUUGAUACCAAUGCUAUCCCACUGUCAAUGACUAGCAUGAGGUGACAGCAUAAUCAGUUUAUUAGGAAUAUAUUACCUAACAAUGCAGGAGGGAACAGAGCUACCUGGUAAACUUUACCAGAGAACUUUGAAACCAUUUUGCUAAACUUUAAGCAUUUAUGUCCUUUGCAGUAGGAAAAAUGAUUUGUGUUUUGAAUCAGAUUCCUUAAACAUACGUCAACGUACAUAAAAAGGCAGCAAUUAUUUUUGAGCGGGCGGCAUCCAGGCAAACGCAGCUGCCAUUUUGCACGACUUCACUCCCAUGUGUUUUAGGAGUCACUACUUAUAGGUGAAAUGUUGGCUAGGAGAUGCAAAUAUUUACAAGAUUGCUGACAUUAUUUAGAGUCUUUGUGAUUACAAAACGAAUUUAAUUUGCAGGAAUUAAUCCCAGAAUGUUAGCAAAAAUGGCCUUUCACCUUACCAAAUGUACAAUGUUAGAAUCUGUUUUUAAUGUAUUCUGUUUCUGUGCUGUAUGUUUCAUUGCUAUCAUGUUGUUCACCAAUCAAUAUUUCUUCCACUGCAGCCUAUUAAAUAACCUUAACAGUUUUUCAAUUAAA